CUGUUUGUUUUUUAGUUUGAGCCAAGAAACGAAAGCUAACGGUUGUGUUUUUGACUUGUUUUAUUUUUAAAUAUAUCCUAUGUGUUUUGGCUUUUUUCUAUUUCGUAUUGUUAAUAAUGCUACGUUUGUGACUGUGAUUAUUUAGAUAAUUAAUACAAGAACUGUUUCCUUUCGAUUUACCAGAAAAAUCUGCAACAACGACUGCUCCGCCCUUCAAACCGAAACGCAUUACUGCUUCACGGCAGAAAUAAGCAAGGUGGUGGUGCCUACCCGUGCGGACUCACAAGAGGUCCCACAACCAGUUAAACGACGAUGCAGCGUCCGACCACUAGCUCGGAGCGUACGCCCCUGGUGCAGCCGGUGUACGUGUACGACUCCGGUGUGGGCCGCAUAUACCAGAAGCGAUUACAGCACUUUCAAUGUGCCAUAUGCGUUGUACUCAUCGCCAUCCUCGGGAUUUCACUAUUGGUGACCGUGUCCUAUAAUCUCGCUGAGGGCGUGUUCGAUGACAUUGAAAAUGAAAAUGGUACGGAGACACUGUCAACGAAGACCACGGCUAAGCCGGUGAUCAUACCAUCUGAUGUUCCACUCCCUCUGAUCGUGGAGAGGAACCUCACAGCUGUUUCGCCGUCUUUACAGCCAUUCCUCAACUUACAGUGGCCUUUAAAAGAUAAAAAAUCGCCACCGUGGUCACGGAAGCCGCCUACAAAAGAGGAAAUCGAUGAUGCAGUGCUCAAAGGAAAAGCUGCUUUAAAGGAACUGAUAAAAGUGGAGAAUCUUCGGAAGCCACUGAAGAGAGACGACCCCGCCAACAAGGCGCAGAGAGCGGCGGCCACUGGGGGUGACGUCAAGCCACUCGCUGAUGCUGCCUAUGCUGCUGAGCACACCACUAAAGCCCUGUUUACUGAGAUAAGCACCAAUGGUAGUAUUGGAGUUGGCCCACUCAUCAACGGCACCUUCUCCCAGCCGCUAUACUGCGUUGACAGUCCACCGCCCUGUCCAACUUCGAAGUAUAGAGCUCAAGAUGGCAGCUGUAACAAUUUAAAAAAUCCUUACAAAUUUGGCGUCUCUCGGAUCCCGUUCAGAAGAGUUCUUCCUCCAGAUUAUGCUGACGGCAUAAGUGCCCCUCGCACGGGCGUCAACGGCACAAUUCUGCCGAGUGCGCGAGACGUCAGCGUGACCGUCCACAGAGCAAGCUACGCUCACGACUCUGAGUUCACUGUGAUGCUGGCCGUGUGGGGACAAUUCGUAGACCACGACAUUACUGCAACUGCUCUUAGCAAAGGUCAGAACAGCAGUGCGCUGUCGUGCUGCGACCCCUCUCAGCCGCCGCACCCAGAAUGCUUCCCGGUCCAGUUGGACGUGGAAGAUCCGUUCUACGAUGCGUUCAACGUCACCUGCAUGGAGUUCGUCAGAUCUGCUCCAGCACUCACUUGUAAUUACGGUCCCCGUGAGCAGCUCAACCAAGCCACAGCCUUUAUCGAUGGCUCCACGGUCUACGGGUAUACGGCUGCCAGAGCCGGCCAGCUCCGAAACGGUACUGGUGGAACUCUGAGGAUGCUGAGGGUCGGGAGUAGAGAUCUCCUUCCUCCUUCCACUGAUCCAAAUGACGGCUGUAAUACGGUUGAGAUGAGCGCUAAAGGACGCUAUUGUUUUGAAUCAGGCGACGACCGCGCCAACGAGAAUCUCCACUUGACGACCAUGCACCUGAUCUGGGCGCGACAGCACAACCGCGUGGCGACGCUACUGCGCAUCUACAACCCCACCUGGACCGAUGAGAUCGUCUUCCAGGAGACCAGGAAAAUUAUUGGGGCACAGAUGCAGCACAUCACUUAUUCUGAGUUCUUGCCGUCGAUAUUAGGUGAGGACGUAAUGUGGGCUCUGAACCUGACCGUGCAGGACAGCGGCUACUCUGACAUGUACGACCCGACCGUGGACCCCUCCGUCGCCAACCAUUUCUCUGCAGCCGCCUUCAGAUUCGCCCACACACUCCUGCCUGGCUUAAUUCACAACGUCGAAGCGAACAACGGAACAGUGAACUACAUCCAGCUCCACCAGAUGCUGUUCAACCCUUACACGCUGUACAACGACAAGGGAAGCAAGAACGCCGUCAAGUCAGCCAUGGACACCCUCGUGCACGCGGUUGAUCCUCACGUUACCAGCGAGUUGAGCAAUCACCUGUUCGAGAACCCGGCGGUGGCGAGCGGCAACGCGACGACACCGGCGCGGCCCUUCGGCCCCUGCGGCCUGGACCUGGUGUCGCUGAACAUCCAGCGCGGCAGGGACCACGGCCUGCCCUCCUACCCGCACUGGAGGGAGCACUGCGGCCUCUCCAGACCGCGCAGCUUCAGUGAUCUAAGUGACAUCUUCGAUGAAACUUCCAUGAGCAGAAUCGACAAGAUUUACAAUAACGUGGAGGACAUAGAUCUGUACACGGGCGCUUUGGCCGAGGAUCCUAAGGGUCGACUCCUGGGACCCACUCUCACCUGUCUCAUCGCAGACCAGUUCUUGAGGCUGAAGAUCGGAGACCGUUUCUGGUAUGAGACCUCUGACACGGUUGUCGGCUUCACCGCCGAACAAUUGACGGAAAUACGGAAGACGACUCUGGCGGGCGUGAUCUGCGCCAACGAGGCCCUUCUGGAUGUGGCCCAGCCGCGCGUCAUGGAGGCCGUCAGCGCCACCAACCCGCUCGUGGACUGCAUGGAACUCCCGCAGCCCAGCUUCAAGCCCUGGGCCGACGGAACCAACACCAAAACCGACAAACCCGGCAAGAAGAAGAAAGGGAAGUAGUGUAUACACCACCAUGUAACAAUUCGGGUUACUACGAUAAGAAAUAUAUUAUAGAUGUAUAAGCUAAGCAAGUACAAACCAAUGAAAACAAAUCAUGCUCUAUUCAAAGUUGCCUAACACCUUGACGCUUAAGACCCUGGUCUGCGCUUCCGGAGAUGGCUUGUGGUAAUGACAGCGUCUAUCUUUAAACCAGAAGUAUCUUAAAGUCGACAGCAAUCCAGUCUACCAGUUCGAAGAAUCAUCUAACAUUUCGUGAACAUUUUGCAUUUUAUUUCAAUUUAGUUGAAAAUUGUUUUCCAUGACCGCCUUUUACAUGAUUAAUCAUUAAUUAAUAAUAAUUCGGUAAAUGAAGUGCUUUUUACAUUACUAAUUUAGCAUUUGUAGUGUAAUUACUAUUUUGAUUAAAAGACCUAAUCAUUGGAACGUCAUGGCAAUUAAAUUAUUGAUUUUUUUUGCUAAAACAAGUCUACGUCAAACAAAUUUCAUUACAAAAAUGUAAUGUUACCAAUGCCACUGUUAUUAUUAUUCAAUGCUAAGUAUUGCAUUUAAUAAUGACUAAGUAAUAUUUUAUUAUUGUCUGUUGUAGUACCAACUUUGAUGUAAUCAUUGAUGUAGGGUUUUUAUAUAUCAAUGAAUGUAAUUAUGUAUUAUCUGUUAAUAUUAUUGUGUUAUUGUUUAUUAAAUACCUCCUAUUAGUGAAACACAAUUAUUUAUAAUAAACGACACAUUGUUCAAAUGGAAAUUAUAUUUUAAAAUGAGAUUGUUUUUUUUUAUAACUAAGACUUUUGAGCUAUUUUCUGGAAAAAUUGUUUUGCUAAUAUCAGUUAUUUAGGCGCUUCAAAUUUUAAAUCUAACAACUUGCAUUCUCAUAUUAAAUUAUUUUUAAUAAAAUAUGAAAAGAUGAGAAAAAUACUCGUAUUUUUAGUAUUGCAAUACUAUCAGGCGCGUGAAGUAAUCAGGUGCAUGAUACAAAUUUCCAAGAAGAUAACGUUUCUAUCACUUUUGUUUACUGAUACCUUACAACGUUUUCCGGUGUCGAUUGGUAUGACAAUAAGAGCAUCCGUAUUUGAAUUACGUAAUUACAAUUUCUUACAUAAUUAGUGCGCCACAAAUCAUUCUUGAAUUCGGUUCAUAGCAUUCAAUCAAUUUACAGUUGAAUUGUUUAUUGUCUGGAACAUUACGCAUGUGUUAAAGGACGUUGACAAGUCGAUACAAAAUUUCGUCAAACGUGUAAUAAUCAAAAAUACAUUUACAUUUUUAUACGUCUACAAUCUCGCAAUUUGGAUUAUGUCUGUUUUUUGUUAUAAUUAUAGAUUGGAUUUAAUCGACUUAUCUAUUGUUUUAACAUUUCGAUUUAAACGGUGAAACAGCUCAGGUAAUUCCCGUUGUAGUAAGCUAAUAAAAUUAAUUUAUUAUUCUACGCUUGUAUACAUAAUUAAGAAAUGACAAAGCUUCAUUGUUAAUGUGGAUUGGAGCCGUAUUCGACAAUGAAGAUGAGAUGAGCGCUACUAACUCCGAACACAAUUUAGCACGAUAGAUAGUAGAUUAACUGACACACCGGAGCGCGGGACUGUCUGUCUGUCCGUCAUUGCCUACAUUACGGGUUUAGAAUUUUGAACUAAAACGACUAGUUUAAAAUAGUAAAUGAACGUUGUUUAUCGAUUGGUUAUUGCAGCUUUAUCUACAGAAACAAUCCUGCGUAUUACUAAUGACAUAUUUUAAAGUUAUCUAUAAUAGUCUUCACUCUUCUGAUCAAAUGUCAACAUAAAUUUAAACCACUUUUUUUUAAUAAUAGUUCUUUAUUAAUGUAAUGUAUGUUGAUUCGAGUGUUAAUUAUUAUAAAUAAAUAAAACUAAGAAAGAA